AUGAAUAUGCAGUUCUUAAUGCUUCUCGUCUUCAUGGUCACUGGACUUAUUGCUAUGCCUAUAGGGCCAUAUAUUGUCAGCCGAACAAAUAUCCAAACUACUGGCAAAGGAAUUUUGGAAAAGAUGAACGGAAUAAAUUUCCAUAAAAAGGGUGAUGCUUUGGAAAACAAUAUGAGCGAAACUAUAGAAAGUAUUACGGACCUCAUUUCAACAAUGUCUACAACUCCCAUCGGGAAGCAGACUGAAUCUGCUCCAAAAAUAUCUGCAUUAGCUAAAAAUUUGACUCAUGUUAUGAGCGACAUCUUGCCCGGCAUGCAUGCCAAGAGAUGUCUACAAUAG